AUGAGCGGCAAUAGCAACAAAUUACUUGCGACUGAGCAGUUUCGGCAAAGAAAAUUGAAGGAGAAAGGGAUCAAUCUUAAUGUGCUAGUGGUAGGCGAAAACGGAGUGGGAAAGAGGUCAUUUAUGAACACUCUAUGCAAAGGCGAUCACUACACGAGUGACGUUGCUGAAUCGGACACUUUCCUGAUUGAAAUCAAAGAUAUAAUUGCUUACCUCGAAGCAAUAAUCCCGAUCAAGUUACGAGUAGCGAUGACUCAAAACUUCGGUUUCAAUUUGGACAAUUAUAGCAAUAUUGACAGUCUCGCCAGUUUUGUCGAUGAAGGCUUCCGGAGUUUUUUGGAACAGGAGAUCAAAAUCGACAGAAAUCCCCAUUUUGUUGACAGAAGAAUUCAUGUGGCUUUGUACUUCAUCAGAACCUCAGGGAGAGGCCUUUCCGAGUUAGAUCGUGCUUGCAUGAAGAAACUAGGCCAAAAAGUCAAUCUCAUUCCCAUUCUAGCCAAGGCAGAUGGCCUCACAGACGAUGAGCUUGAGUUGAAUAAGUUCCAGGUAAUGAAAUCUAUCCAUGAUAAUGAUAUUCAGAUAUACGAUUUUGCAGAUUCCAACUCGUGCUCUGAUGAAGAUGAGCAAAUGUUCAUACUAUCAUUGCAACAAAAAGUGCCCUUUGCGGCAAUCAGCUCAAACACGGCAGAUUACAAAUAUAGGACAACCGAUUGGGGCACGAUUGUUCUAGGGGAUGAACAGAAUUGUGACAUGGUUGCGUUGGAGGGUGUGCUCUUCUGCUCCCACCUUGAACAGUUAAAAGAUACUACGUCAACCACUAAGUAUGAGCAAUUCAGGGUGCAACGGUUGAGAAAAUGA